AUGUCUGGUUUUUUAAAUUUAAAUCAAAUUGCGCAACUUUUGGAAGACGAAGAUAAAGAAUCUGAUUCAGAAACCGUCCAAAACAUCACAACAACAUUCUGUGACGAUGAAGACAUUAGUGAUUGUGAGGAAGCGGAGGUAGUCAGCUGUUCUGAAGAAAGUCCAUUAGGUACAGAUUUGGAUUCUUCAAGUUCAAGCAGUGAGGAAGAAGAAUAA